AUGGAAGUCGCAUUUUCCCCCAAACCUUACUACGUGGUAUAUGAAGGCAAGAGAAUGGGCCAGUGCUCGAGUCAGUGCAUGAAGAAAGAGGAGCUGGAAGAAUACGAGGUCCAUCCAUUCAGGGACAGGAUCUGCAAGGUGUUCUCCACAGAUGGCUACUUCACAUUCGAGGACAUCCUUGGGAUGGCAUCCGUCUUCAGUGACCUGGCAUGUCCCAUCAUUAAGAUAGAAUAUGCUUUUCAUCUAUAUGAUUUCAACGAAGAUGGCUUCAUCGAUGAAGAAGACCUCCAAAACUUCUUCCGCCGAUUGCUCAACGGCAAGAACCUCAGUGAGGAAGAGAUCGUUUCCUUGGCCCACAGCGUUCUGGAGGAAGCCGACACAGAUAAGGACAAAAUGCUGUCUUUGCUGGAGUUUGAAUAUGCCAUAACAAAGUCUCCAGAUUUCCUACAGUAA